AAUCCCGUGUUUUCGCCCCCGCCCACGACCACUGUGACGCGACGCCGCUGGGUCGGGUGGGAUUUUGUUUUGCUUUUGUCCCCAACUCUCAGUCGCCAUGAAUCGGCUGUUCGGACGAGCCAAGCCCAAAGGUCCUCCGCCCAACCUGACGGACUGUAUCGGCAAUGUUGAUGGAAGAGCAGAAUCUAUUGAUAAGAAAAUCGCUAGGCUUGAUGUUGAAUUAGCCAAAUAAGACCAGAUGAAGAAAAUGAGAGAGGGUGCAUCAAAGAAUAUGGUAAAGCAGAAAGCAAUGCGAGUUUUAAAGCAGAAGAGAAUGUACGAGCAACAGAGGGACAACCUGAUGCAGCAGUCAUUUAACAUGGAGCAAGCCAACUAUACCAUUCAGUCAUUGAAAGACACAAAGACUACGGUGGAGGCAAUGAAAACUGGUGUCAAGGAAAUGAAGAAAGCUUACAAACAAGUCAAGAUUGAUCAGAUUGAGAACAUACAAGAUCAAUUAGAAGACAUGAUGGAAGAAGCAAAUGAUGUGCAGGAAGCCUUGAGCCGCAGUUAUGGAACACCAGAAAUUGAUGAGGAUGACCUGGAAGCAGAGCUGGAUGCACUAGGUGAUGAGCUUCUAGCUGAUGACGACUCAUCCUAUUUAGAUGAGGCUGCAUCUGCACCAUCUAUUCCUGAAGGUGUUCCAAGUGACGCAAAAACUAACAAGGAUGGUGUACUAGUGGAUGAAUUCGGCUUGCCACAGAUUCCUGCAACUUAACACAGGUUCUCAAGCAAAUUUGUAAUUGAGAUAUGUUUUUUGUACAUAACUGGCCAUUUCCUAAGAUACUGUUUCGGAAUCAAAAACUUCAUGACCUUCACUGCAUUAUGGAAUGUGGCUUGGAAAACAUCUUAUAUCAUAUUGUGGGCUUCUAAGUUUCUAUUUAAUUCUUUUAAAUAAUGUAAGAAAUAUCAUGUAGAAUUGACCCCUUACAGUCUGUGUACUCUCAGUGAUUAAUUGCACUUGUGUACUAUUUUGCUUGCAAUGGAUACUAAGCAUGAUAAUACAGAAAACUGGUUUGUGGAAAAUAUUGUGUGGGAUCAAAUUUGGCUAACCUGUACUUUAAUAAACAUGCUGCAGAGACAGAUAUUUAAGCUCUGUAAAUCUUUUUUUCUUUUUAUUAUUGCAAUAAAUAAUUAUUUUCGGACA